CAACAUUACAUUUGGAAAGAAACGAAAGAAAGCGAGAUUUAGUAAUUGUGUGGGCUGUUUUACAACGCUAUUUUCGGUUUCAGGUGUUUCCGAAACAGAAAUGGUGUCCUCUGGAGCGGUGGAUGCCUCAAUGAUGGGAUGUAGUACGCCUCAUGAUAACUAAUUCAGACGAAUGACUGGCUGGUAUAAGGCAGGAAACACGAGGCCAGAGACUCCCUGUGAAAGAGAGCAUUUCCGUGACACGAACUAUCGAAGAUAAUCGCGGAGCCUUUUUAUACCUUUAUCCACAAAGAUAACGAUAAUAACUCUGGAUUACGUACGGUGGUUAAGCCGGGACAUCUGUGAAACCGAGACGAAAGCUACACUGUUUUUCUCACGCAAGUGUGAAGUCCAGACGUCGUGGACUUUAGUCCUUUGUUGCCUAUAGAUCCUCCUGAUCUUCAUUUGUUGAAAAUUUAAGUCGUAUUUUUGCUAACUCAAAUUGACGUCCAUUCUCUGGGAAAAUGGUGGACGUGGAUCCUGAUACUCUGUUAGAAUGGCUAAGUAUGGGGCAAGGGGACGAAAGAGAUAUGCAACUCAUCGCUUUGGAGCAGUUGUGUAUGUUGCUGUUGAUGUCGGACAAUAUCGACCGGUGUUUCGAAAGUUGCCCUCCACGAACAUUUCUUCCAGCCUUGUGCCGGAUCUUCUUGGAUGAGUGUGCUCCUGAAAAUGUACUUGAAGUAACUGCCAGAGCCAUUACAUAUUACCUUGAUGUGUCAGCAGAGUGUACUAGACGAAUUGUGGCUGUGGAGGGAGCCAUCAAGGCCCUUUGCAGUCGGCUAGUAGUGGUUGAUUUAUCAUCAAGGACCAGUAAAGACUUAGGAGAACAAUGUGUCAAAGUUCUGGAACUGAUAUGCACUCGCGAGGCAGGGGCUGUGUUUGAGGCAGGUGGCCUUCAGUGUUCACUAACAUUUAUCCGUGAGUUUGGGAGUGCUGUGCACAAGGACACACUUCAUUCUGCCAUGAAUGUGGUAACCAGAUUGUGUGGAAGGAUGGAACCACAGGACACCAACCUAGAAACUUGCGUUAAAUCACUGUCAACAUUGCUUAAGCACGAAGACCCAUAUGUAUCUGAUGGUGCUCUUCGGUGCUUUGCGUCCCUUGCUGACCGGUUUACCCGCCGUGGUGUUGAUCCUGCCCCCUUGGCUGAACAUGGACUGAGCAGCGAGCUGCUGGAGAGGCUAGCAAGUGCUGCAGCUUCUGCUGGUGAGAAAACAGGAAGUAGUGGAGCCACGCCAGACUCUAAAAGCAACAGUACAUCAGUGUCCACCAUCGUUAGUCUCUUAUCAACACUGUGCAGAGGAUCACCCAGUGUUACUCAUGAUUUAUUAAGAGCUGGACUUCCUGAUGCAAUCCAAAAAGCCCUCCAAGGUGACGAGAGAUGUGUUCUGGACACCAUGAGACUGGUAGAUCUGCUCUUGGUUCUGUUGUUUGAAGGACGACGAGCCUUGCCCAAGUCCUGUGUCAGUAUUCCCAAGGGAGGAAUUUCUGGCCUUCGAAGGUUUGACAGUUCAAAUGAGAGGUCACAUCGACAGCUCAUUGACUGCAUCAGAAGCAAGGAUACUGAUGCAGUGAUAGAUGCUAUUGAAAAUGGUGGAUUUGAGGUAAAUUUUAUGGAUGAUGUUGGACAGACUUUGCUGAACUGGGCAUCUGCAUUUGGAACCUUAGAAAUGGUGGAGUAUCUUUGUGAGCGAGGCGCAGAUGUCAACAGAGGUCAAAGGUCCUCUUCUCUACAUUAUGCGGCUUGCUUUGGAAGACCAGCUGUUGCAAAAACUUUGCUUCGGCAUGGUGCCAACCCAGAUUUAAGAGACGAAGAUGGCAAAACACCCAUGGACAAAGCCAGAGAGCGGAAUGAUGAAGGUCACAGAGAAGUUGUACAUAUUCUACAAUCACCAGGUGAAUGGAUGGUACCUGUUGGAAACAGUUCUGCUUCAUCCUCUACACCAGCGCAGCCAGCUGCUGCUCAAGAUUCCACCAGUGCCGAGGAAAAGAAAGAAGAGCCAGAGGAUGUCAAGGGAGACCCAGAAAUGGCUCCUGUUUACCUCAAGAACCUCCUGCCGCUGUUUGCCAAGAAUUAUAAAGAGACAAUGAUGCCGAGCAUUAGGAAGGCGACCUUAGCACUGAUGCGUAAGAUGAUCCACUACGCAUCUCAAGCUCAGCUGGAAGAACUGUCACAGAAUUCAACAUUUGCCUCAGUCAUAGUUGAGGUUCUAUCGGUGGUCUUGGAUCAUGAGGAUGAUGACGAUGGCCAUUUGACAGCUCUGCAGGUCAUAGAGGACUUGUUAGAGAAGUGCCAAGAGACAUACAUCAGUCACUUGGCUCGUCUGGGGGUCAUUAGUCAUGUGGCAGACCUUGCAGGACCAAUGCAAGAGGUGGAAGCUGUUGAAGAGGAACCAGAGGUGAAAGGAAAUGAAGAGGAGACUGAGAAAAAGGAUGAAGAUACUGUUCAAGAGGAUGCAGGCGAUAUAGAACAGGGCAAGCCAUAUCACUGGCAUGACUGGUGCAUUGUACGGAGUAGGGACUGCCUCUAUCUGUGGAAUGAGUCUUGUGCUUUGGAGCUUUCUAAUGGUAGCAAUGGUUGGUUUAGGUUCAUUUUGGAUGGGAAACUUGCCACCAUGUACUCAAGUGGCAGUCCUGAAGGUGGAUCAGACUCAUCUGAGAGCAGAGGAGAAUUCCUUGAGAAACUCCAAAGGGCACGUGGCCAGGUGAAGCUUGGAACCCCGAGUCAACCACUGCUGUCGUCACCAGGUUCCACUCGACUCUCUGUAGGUAACUGGUCUCUUACAUGUACCAAAGACAAAGAGGUAUCUGUGCACAAUGCUGAUGGACAGCAAGCCACCAUUCUUCGUGAAGAUCUAGCUGGCUUUGUCUUUGAAUCAAACAGAGGGACAAAGCACACCUUUAACGCAGAGACAUCCUUGGGACCUGAGUUUGCUGCAGGCUGGAUGGGAAAGAGAGGAAAGCGGUUCGUGUCAAAGGUCGAGGCACAGAAGCUGAAGAUCAGGAACUUGGCCACUGAGAUUCAGGAGAAGUAUCUUCUUGCUGCACAGGCUGCACCUCGUGAAGUGGUAGCCAAGUUACAGGAAAUUGUCACACAAUUGCAUUCAGCUUGUUUAUCUCAGGAAAAUCUUACCAAGGGAGAAAGUAAAGAAUCCUGGAAGGAAGAAAUGUUUGGUGCAUUGAAAGGCUUACUUCAAGUGCUACAAGAUGACGCCACAGUUUCCUCAUAUGAACUACAAUCCACUGGACUGGUUACAGCUCUUUUACGCUGCUUACACCAGACUGGUAAAGCCAUAUCUGAAAAUGAAAAUACCAGCAACCGAGCUGAAGAGNUCGAAAUUACUGACGUAGUGUUUUUUUUUGCUUCCAGGAGUGGUGAAGUUACAUCCGCCUCCAUCCUUGUUAAAAAGCUUGUGGCCGUUUUAGAGUCAACAGAGAAGUUGCCUGUUUUCACUUAUGAAUGCCCUGGCUCAGGUCUUCAGGUGUUGGCAAGGCGACUGAGGUUCCAGUUAGAACGAGCUCCAGGAGAGAGUUCGCUAAUUGAUAGAACAGGGCGAACUUUGAAAAUGGAGCCACUGGCAACUGUUGGGGAUUUAGAACGAUAUCUGCUGAAAAUGGUUGCCAAACAGUGGUACGACUACGAGAGAAGUAGUUACCACUUUGUUCGUCUUCUCAGAGGAGGCAACAAGCUCACUUUCACUCACAUGCAGGACUUUGAUGAGAACGGCAUUCUGUACUGGCUCGGUACAAACGGCAAGUCUAUUCCUGACUGGGUCAACCCGGGCUCGGUGGGAAUUGUGUCGGUUAGUACCUCAGAGGGCAGAGGACUGCCUUAUGGAAAAGUUGAAGACAUUCUGAGCAGAGACGCUGCAGCACUGAACUGCCACACCAAUGAUGAUAAGAAUGCGUGGUUUGCCAUUGAUCUUGGUGUGUGGUGUAUUCCAUCCUGUUACACUCUCAGACAUGCUCGAGGCUAUGGAAGGUCUGCUCUUCGUAACUGGCUUUUCCAAGUGAGCAAGGAUGGAAAGAACUGGACCACAUUGUACACCCAUACAGACGACAACUCUCUCAAUGAACCCGGGUCCACAGCCUCCUGGCCGUUAGAGCCUCCCUCAGACCAAGAAGGAUGGCGCUAUGUGCGUUUGCAGCAAGCUGGGAAGAACGCCAGUGGUCAGACUCAUUAUCUGUCUCUGUCAGGAUUUGAAGUGUACGGAACAGUAGUAGCAGCGGUAGAGGAACCCUUAGGUCCAGAGCAGUCAUCUUCCAAGGGUGUCACUGCCGGUGAGAAGCUGGCCAAGUCACUGAAGCCCUGCUGGUCCCUGUGUCCUGGUAAAGCUGCGCGUGAGGUGGAAGCUGCCUUGCGCCGCCAACGCCGUCUCAUCCGCUCGCAGAUGUUGAAACACCUGAACGUGGGUAGCAAAGUGGUCCGGGGGAUGGACUGGAAGUGGAAAGACCAGGACGGAAGUCCCCCCGGUGAAGGCCUCGUCACUGGGGAGCUACAGAACGGUUGGGUCGAAGUGGCAUGGUCAAAUGGUACUUCUAACUCUUAUCGUAUGGGUGCUGAUGGCAAGUUUGACUUGAGAGUGGUCGAACCAGGUCCAUCCUCAGAGGCUGCGGGCGAACCUUCAUCGUCCAGCCCUGGUGAAGAAGGAGCUUCCGAAGAGGGAUCCUCUACAGAGGAGCCUGAAGUUGUAUCACCGGAGAAACCUCAGCAGGAGAAUUCCUCGACGUCUCAAACUGUUGAUGAGUCUAGCGAGGUGUUAGUGGAAGCCGUCCGAGUUGAGGAGAUACCCGAUGAAGGUAUAUUUACGUCAGAUGACAUUAUUGACUCGUCUGGGAAUGCAGUGGUGGUAUCAGAGACAGCUGCAGACAGCACGGAGGUGGUGCCGAGUGCCGAUGAACCGAAAGAGACUGUAGGUGAAAUAGAAGAGGUAACAGAAGAUGAGGGACUGCCUCCUGCCAGACCUCCCUCACUGCCACCCUCCAGGCCCAACAUUUCGUCUCCUAACAUUUCUGUGGGAGAAACUGCAAGAAGAUCAAUGCGACAGUCAGAAGUCGAGGUGUGUUUAGAUGAUCCCAAGGCCACCAUUUUCUCCUACGUACAAAAGGUUGCAUUGGCUGCUGGGAUAUCUAAGAAUGAGCGAGUGCGAAGGGUCUGGGAACCAACCUACACUAUCAGCUAUCGAGAGGUUCACGACCCCGAACAAGCGGAACGAUCAAGUGAAACGAAGGAACACUUAGAAACAACGGUUCACUGGACUAUAUCGUAUGUUGAGCGCUAUCUAGGAACAGAUGACCUGCCUAAGUCCGAAGUGAUCUCGUUCCUUCAGAGGCAUGCUGAUGCUGCAUUCUUGAGAAAAUGGAAGUUGUCAGGGGUGCCUAAGAGCAUACGAAAGAACAGAAACUGCUCUCAACUCGUGGCAGCUUACAAGGAGUUUUGUAAUACUCUGGACUCCUCCCCACCCAACUCCCCCACUCUUGACAAGGCGGAAGUCAAACAGGAGGUAAAACCGGAGGUGCCAAAGGACAAGAGCUCGACUGUCCCCACACCAGUAGCUGUCAAUGACAUGUCCGCUAUUCAGGACAUUCUGCAGCUCCUGAAAGUCCUCUACAGUGUAUCUACCAGUUCUGCGUAUGACUUUGGAGAUGGUAAUGAGAAGUACGGAUUCAUCGUAAGCAAUGAAGAUUUUACAAGUAAAAAACUCACAACCAAACUAAUCCAGCAGAUUCAGGAUCCAUUAGUGCUGUCCAGUAACGCGUUACCAGAAUGGAGUGGAGUGUUAACCAGCACGUUUCCGUUCUUAUUUCCUUUUGAAACGAGACAGCUUUACUUUUCAUGCACAGCUUUCGGAAGCUCACGAGCGAUCGUUUGGCUGCAAAACAAACGCGACGUAGCGCUGGAACGAAGCCGUCCUCCGAGCCACAGACGAGAAGAGCAACACGAAUUCAGAGUAGGGCGACUAAAACACGAGAGAGUGAAAGUACCACGAGGAGAUGAGUUGUUAGACUGGGCGAUGAGUGUCCUGAAGUUCCAUGCUGAACGCAAGUCUGUAUUGGAGGUGGAGUUUGAGGACGAGGAAGGCACAGGUUUAGGGCCAUCACUUGAGUUUUACGCACUUGUGGCGGCCGAGCUUCAACGCAAGAGUCUGGGUAUGUGGAUUUGCGAUGACGUCUUAGUGGACGAGACUGCGAGAGAGGUGGACAUUGGACAUGGAAUUCGUCCAAGGGGCUAUUACGUGCAACGCGCCGGAGGCCUCUUUCCAGCGCCACUCCCACAGGAUGCCCCUGAUACCGAGAGGGUAGCAAAGCUGUUCUAUAUCCUUGGUGUUUUCUUGGCUAAGAGCUUGCAGGACAGUCGAUUAGUAGACAUCCCGCUGUCGCUAUCGUUUCUAAAACUCUUGUCUUGUAGUGCGCUGUCAUCAAGCAGCAACAACGCACUGUCUCGUAGUCGCAGCACUUUGCAAGUAAUCGAUGACGCUUCGUGUUCGCUCGAUGAUAUAGUUGAGUGCUCGGACACGAUGAACGAGCUCGAUCAACCUCAGCCGAGCCUGGAGGAGAACGAAAAUGCGAUCAAUAAAUUGGACUGGGAAUCCAGCAAAGAAAGAGAACUUAUCGAAGAGGAAGAGGAACUCUCCAAGGAAGAAAAUUCUGAACUGAGUAAAACUAAGGAAAGUGUUGAAGACAUUCCUUUAACACCACCAACGAAGUCUUGGUUUGCGGGCAUCUUGGAUGAUAGUGAUAUGGACAUUGUGGACCCGCACAGAGCAACUUUUCUGAAACAACUCCAAGAGUUGGUCGCAAGGAAAAAUGACAUUCUUAAAGACGAUUUGCUAACAACAAAUGAAAAGAAAGCCAGAAUAUCGGAGCUGAAGUUGAAGACAGCUCAUGGCGUUGAAUGCAGUGUUGAUGAUUUAGGGCUAACUUUCCAAUUCUCGCCAUCUUCCAAGGUUUACGGGUUCAGUGAAGUUGAUCUAACACAAGAUGGUGGAGAAAAGGUGCUAGCAAUAGAGAACGCCGAGGAGUAUAUCAAGCUUGUCAAAGAGUUCUGUUUAUAUAACGGGGUGCAACGACAGCUAGAUGCAUUUAGAGACGGCUUCAACUCCGUGUUUCCGAUGGAGAAGCUUGGUCCGUUUACUCCAGAGGAGCUGCAGUUGAUGCUGAGCGGAGAACAAAUUCCUCAAUGGACCAGAGAAGACAUAAUGAACUACACUGAACCCAAGUUUGGAUACACUCGAGACACGCCAGGCUUUCAGAAAUUUGUGAACGUUUUGGUCAGCAUGAGUGGCGACGAGAGGAAGGCUUUUCUCCAGUUCACCACCGGCUGUUCGUCUCUCCCUCCUGGUGGCCUCGCCAAUCUUCAUCCUCGCCUCACAGUUGUACGUAAGGAGAGUGACGGGGAUGGUUCUUUUCCUUCUGUCAACACAUGCGUGCAUUACCUGAAGCUGCCCGAAUAUUCCUCAGAAGAAGUUAUGCGAGAGAAAUUACUAGCAGCCACAAGAGAGAAAGGAUUUCACUUGAAUUAACUGAAGCCUGCGCCUCACUGAGCCUGAGGCUUUCAGCUCUAGAACUCGUGUAACUGUUGUUAUAAGAAGCCUCAAAGACCUUGCAUUGAUUUCCGUCGUUUUUGUAGUUCAAGGAUUUGUGAUUGAUUGUACAGACAAAUCUCAGGGUAGCAAAGUGUCCCAUGGCCAUUACUACACGUCAUAAUUGUGUCAUAGCGUGAGCGGGACGGCAACUUAUUGUCCCCUACAUCCAAGAGUUCCAAGAAGUCCAGUCGUAUUUGUUUCCUAUAUGGCGUCGUAGAGUUAAAUUGCCUACCUUUUGUAAUGUUUGCCCAGUAAAUUAUUUAGCACGACGGGAAUCGCAAAUUAUGAAGCAUUUCGUUAUGUUAAACCAGCUCAGAGUCUCUCGUUGAAAAGCCUUUGUGUAAACAAGCCAACAAAAUGCAACAAUUUGUAACGAUGCCACUCCAAGACUGUCGCUGACGUUUCUUGGCAACCAAUCAGAGUCGGCCAUUAGUUUUAAGCUACUACCUGUGUGUAAGAAUGCACGAAAGAUCGCCCGCAAGAUCACAGCAAGAAAAGAGACCUAUUUUGUGCGUUUUUUAUGCCAGUUACGAUAAAUUAUAUUGAUCAUUAAGUUUCUAGUUACGCACUUUUGAAACGCACUUUUGCUGCAUUAAAUAUUAGGUAAAUAUGCAAUUUAAGUAAAAGAAUGUCCAAAAAAUUCCUUUAUUGUGGUCUUUUGCCGAGUGGCCUUUGUCACAGAGAGUCUAUACUGACGGUGUAGUACUAUAUAAACUAUUUUUAGAAUGACAGGU